AUGUUUUAUUUGAGAAAAACAAAGUUAUCUGACAUUAACAACAUUAUAGAUUUAACGAGUAAGAAUCUUGAGGAAAAUGCAGUUCCUUUGGUUUAUUUGAAUGAUUUAUACGACAUCGAUUUUAAUUUUAAUUAUGUAUGUUUCAAUAACAACAAACUAAUAGGUAUUGUUUCAUGUACAAUCUCAAAUCACAUUUUAAAAAUAAAUUGUUUAUGUAUAGAUUUUCCGUUUCAAGGGAAAGGUUUUGGUACUAUACUUCUAGAUAGAAUAAAAAGCGACUGUAAUUCAACAUUAAAUAGUAGAAAAAACACUAAAUACUUUAUUAAUAAAAUAAGAUUACAUGUAAGGUCUGAUAAUGUAAAAGCUCAAGAAUUUUAUAAAAAACAUGGUUUUCAAAUUAUUGAUAACCAAUCAAAUUAUUACAACAAAAAUGUAUCAGGAUUGCUGAUGGAAUUUAAUUUGUAG